AAAUAUGGAAGCCUCUAAAUUUUUGCUCAUUGCAUUGGUGCUUACAAUAUGUGCAGUUGUCUUUCAACUGAUUGGAUUGGCGUCGCCUUACUGGACGGUAAUUGAUGCAACGCUAGUAAAAAUUAAUUCCGGUUUGUGGAAAAUGUGUACUGAAACUGUUUCGACUGGAGAUACCAAGUGCGAAGAUGUCACUAUACCAGAUGGUUAUAAAGACGAUAUUAACGCAGUCCGAGCAAUGGGCAUCCUUGGAUUGCUAGUAUUGGUGGUAGCAGUAAUCAUGACAGUUUUAAAACUGUUCGUUUUGAAAGAAAAGAAACCAGUUUUAUUUGGGGCCGUUGGCACAGCUUUUGCUGGAGGUGUGUUUAUCCUUAUUUCAAUAGCAAUAUAUGCAGACAGAGCGAAGGAAAUGAAUACGUUCGACUACGAUUACCACUUUGCUUUCGCCUUAAGCAUUAUAGGAAUGAUCGCAGCGAUCGGUGCAGGGGCCGUCAUGUUGGUUGAGAUCAUUAAAGGAUAACUGAAUUGCAAACUACUUUUGUAUGAAAUAUUUUGGAAAUUAAAAGAAUUAGAUUUAGA